UGUAGGGCCACCAUGCCACCCUCCUUAGCUCCGAAGGGCCUCCUCGCUGCCUGCGUGCUCGCUGCCUUGGCUUUCAGCUCUGUGGAGAGUUAUAAAUGCACAAGGUGUGCUCUCAAUACAUGUCAUUUUAGCACACAGAUGGGAUGUGAGACCUCUCAAAGCUGCUUCAGCUACAGACAAGAAUUAUUUUGGACAGGGCAGCCCUUGGUGUUUGUAGAAGAGAAAGGCUGUGCAGAACGCCAGUGUGUCCCGCUGAACUUCUCAGCCACACUGGGGACCAAUAUGAUGUUCGCGUAUGGCCACCAAUGCUGCAGCUCUGAGCUGUGUAACACCGGGGACUUCCAAGUGCCUCAGAAGUCCUCAGUCCUCAACGGCGUCCAGUGCCCUGCCUGCUACGCGGAGAACAACAGUCACUGUGAAGCAGUUCUCCUCAAUUGCACCGGUGCUGAGACUAGGUGUGUCCAUGUGGAAGGCACAGGUAUGCACACUUCCAAGCCUUUCUUGUUCAGCUUCUAA